GCUGUUGGUAGAGGAAGGAAGCCGCCUCCAAACCUAUAUAUACAGUCUAUACUCCAAACAACCACUUGUUUUAAAAGUUCAACAUUUGUGUCACCAAAGUUUAACUCGACAAUGUCCGGAUCAUCCAACAUCGUAGCGAUGAAGAAAAUCGUCCAGCAGCUGCGUCUGGAAGCCGGGAUCCACAGAGUCAAGGUGUCCCAGGCCGCCGCCGACCUGCAGCAGUUCUGCCUGCAGAACGCCCAGCAGGACCCUCUGCUCACCGGCAUGUCCUCCAGCAACAACCCGUUCAGACCGCAGAAGGUCUGCCAGUUCCUAUAGCUGCUUCCAUCUCUGUUUUGGACAUUGUGCUGCCUUGUGGAACUGAGCUGCAGGAUCCUGCAUCAUGGACUGGAAUCGUCUCAGGAGUUAUAGGAAAUUUCGGGACAAACGACUAACUUAAGAUUUUUUUUUUUUUUUAACUCUUGCCUUUGUAAAAUCUGAUCCAGAAACAUUUCCAGGUGCUUAGGGGGCACAAUAGAUGUCUUAACCUACUUGCUUUAAAUUAACUAGCCCAUAUCAUCACCCACUGUGCCUUUUGGAUUGUACAUGUUUUUCCAUUCAUGAUUGAUUUUGAGAAAAGAAAAAAAAUCAAUGGUAUUUCCAUAGUUGAAAGUUUUAAUAAAAGUAUACACAUAUUUAGAAA